AUGGGAAAGAAUUUGGCCAUACUAGUUAUGGUGUUGAUCUUGAUGAGGAUUACAAAUGCCUCUAUAGACGAUAUCCCUGUAACAACAGUUCGCAUUCAAAACGAUUUGGGUGAUGGGAUUCAUUUGAAAAUUCAUUGUAAAUCUGGAGACGAUGAUCUUGGCGAGAAAGACUUUGCGAGUGGGCAGUUCACAGAGUGGAAAUUCACUGCCAAUGUAUUCCUUCGCAACACACUCUUCUUUUGCAAAAUGAAGUGGAACAAUGUGGAAGGGAGCUUUGAUGUGUAUAGAUAUACAAGAGAUGAAUCGAGGUGUUUAAAAUGCUUAUGGAGCAUCAAGAAAGAUGGGGCUUAUUCUUAUGCUCAACACCCUAAUCAAAAAUGGGAAAGGUUAUAUGAAUGGAAAAAGUGA